AUUGGUGACUGGAACACGAGCCAAGUCAUGGACAUGCGUUUUAUGUUCGCUACUGCUUAUGCUUUCGAUAGUCCUAUCCGCAACUGGGACAUCAGCCAAGUGACGAACACGAGUUACAUGUUCUAUUCUAUUGCUGCAUCUUUCAAUGUUUUCAACCAAUCCGUCGAGAACUGGAACACGAGCCAAGUUAUGGACAUGCGUGGGAUGUUCGGGAACGCACGUUACUUCAACAAGCCUAUCGGCGGCUGGAACACGAGCCAGGUUACGGACAUGCGUAACAUGUUCGUUACCGCCUCUUCCUUCAACCAGCCCAUCGGUGACUGGGACACGAGCCAGGUUACGGACAUGCGUUACAUGUUCGCUACCGCCUCUUCCUUCAACCAGCCCAUCGGUGACUGGGACACGAGCCAGGUUACAGACAUGCGUGGAAUGUUGGGGUCUGUGUCCUUCAAUCAGCCCAUCGGGAACUGGAACACGAGCCAGGUUACAGACAUGCGUACGAUGUUCGCUACCGCCUCUUCCUUCAACGCGCCUAUCGGUGACUGGAACACGAGCCAAGUUACAGACAUGGGUAGAAUGUUUUACGCAGCCUCUUCUUUUAACCGGUCUAUUGGCGACUGGAACACGAGCCAAGUCACGGACAUGCAGUCGAUGUUUUACGCCUCUUCAUUCGAUCAACCCAUCGGGAACUGGGACACAAGCCUAGUCACAUACAUGAAUUCGAUGUUCAACAGCGCAGUUUCCUUCAACCAGUCUAUCGGUGGCUGGAACACGAGCCGAGUGGUGAGCAUGCAGUCGAUGUUCGCGAACGCAUUUUCCUUCAACCAGCCCAUCGGGAACUGGAACACGGGCCGAGUGGUGAGCAUGCAUUCCAUGUUUGACAGCGCAGUUUAUUUCAACCAGCCCAUCGGGAACUGGAACACGGGCCGAGUGGUGAGCAUGAAUUCCAUGUUUGACAGCGCAGGCUUUUUCAACCAGCCCAUCGGGAACUGGGACACGAGCCAGGUUACAGACAUGAAUUCCAUGUUUGAUAGCGCAGGCUCUUUCAACCAGCCCAUCGGGAACUGGAACACGAGCCAGGUUACAGACAUGAAUUCCAUGUUUGAUAGCGCAGGCUCUUUCAACCAGCCCAUCGGUGACUGGGACACGAGCCAGGUUACAGACAUGCAUUGGAUGUUCCAGGGUGCCUCUUCCUUCAACCAGCCUAUUGGAGACUGGGAUACGAGCCAAGUGGUGACCUCGUACUCAUUUAGCGAAAUGUUCAAGGACGCAACGGCGUGGCUAUGCUCACACACACACAAUACGUCGGAUCCGAUGCAUUUUCAAAGAUACUACGAUGGUCCACCGUCUUUUUGGUUCGAGUCAGCGGCUGGAAUCGGUGCAGUGUGCUUGUCUCCACCACCGCCAACCACACUACCGUGUGUAUAUGUCGCCGCCCCUCCGUUGACCGCAAGGUCGACUGGAACCGCGAGGUCGAGUGUCGCACUCUCGCUAUAUACGACAGUCAUUAUCAUAUACUUCCACGCCUGAAACUGAGACAGAAACUGAGACAUCGCACAUUCACAAAUCCUACAAGGAUAUGAUACCGUAGUCAUAGUGGAUAUAUACAGUGCUGCUCUCGCAUUUCCAGUUCCUACCUGAUGAAUACUGGAUUAUGGGGUGAUUUUCAAACAAGUGUAGAGUACUAGCCUCCAUUUCUCGCUUGUUCUUGAAAUACAACUUGAAUUACAACUCGAGGCAAA